AAGGGGCCCGGUGAGGGAGUUGUGCUCCGCCUCUCUGGCCUCCUCCCACUGCUCCUGGACUGGACCGCUCAGCUGUUCUUGUCAGAUAACCGUUGUACACGCCAUCAGCGAGCGAGCCGCACGAAUAAACUGGAUAUCUUUCAACAACUGAAACGCAGCUUGCCAUGGCCUCUGGUGGGGCCCCGGCGUUAGGGCCCACCCAUUUAACCACUAAGGUGGAGCUGACCAUCUCAUGUGAAAACCUCAUGGACAUGGACGUCUUCUCUAAGUCUGACCCUCUGUGUGCCUUGUACAUGAAGUCUUCAGGCUCCCAGUGGUAUGAGUUUGGGCGAACGGAGAUGAUCCUGAACUGCCUGAAUCCAAAGUUUGCCAAGAAGUUUGUCAUCGACUACUAUUUCGAGACGUUGCAGAGCCUGAAAUUUUGUGUCUAUGAUAUUGACAAUAAUACCUAUGACCUGGGUGAUGAUGAUUUCUUGGGGGAAUUUCAAUGCACUCUGGGUCAGAUUGUUUCCAACAGGCAGAUGACUCGUCCUUUGUUGCUGAAGGACCAGAGACCGGCAGGUCGGGGGACCAUCACCAUCUGUGCUGAAGAAAUAACAGACACCAGAGUGGCAAACCUUGAAGUGUCAGCACGCAGGCUGGACAAAAAGUUUCUGUGGUGGUCCGACCCAUUCCUGGAGUUCUACAAGCUGACAGAAACGGGGUGGCAGCUGGCUCACAGGACCGAGGUUGUACAUAACAACCUGAACCCAACAUGGAGACCCAUCCGCAUCUCACUGCGAUCCCUCUGCGGAGGAGAUGUGGAGAAGCCUAUAAAGGUCGACUGCUAUGACCACCGCAUCAACGGCUCCCACGCCCUCAUUGGUACCUUUAGGACCAUGCUGGCAGAGAUGCAAACUGGGACACACGUAUCCCCUAUUGAACUGGAAUGUGUUAACCCAAAGAAAAUGAAGAAGAUCAAUUACAAAAACUCCGGGGUCAUUUGCAUAAAGCAAUGUCAGGUGGUAAAGGAGUACAGCUUCCUGGAUUACAUAAUGGGCGGUUGUCAGCUCAACUUCACGAUUGCCAUUGACUUCACGGGCUCUAACGGGGACCCAGCGACUCCUCAGUCCCUCCACUACAUCAACCCUGAGGGCUACAAUGAAUACCUGUCAGCCAUCUGGGCGGUGGGUAAUAUCAUCCAGGACUACGACAGUAACAAGCUGUUUCCUGUGUUUGGCUUUGGAGCCCAGGUGCCUCCUUCCUGGCAGGUUUCCCACGAGUUUCCUGUCAAUUUCAAUUCAGCAAAUCCGUUCUGUGAAGGCAUAGACGGUGUGGUUCGUGCCUACCAGCAGUGUUUACCUCAGCUGAAGCUCUGGGGUCCCACCAACUUCGCUCCAAUUAUCAAGCACGUGUCGUUCUUUGCCAGACAAGCUCUUCAUCAGCGCAGUGCCUCACAAUACUUUGUGCUGCUCAUCAUCACGGACGGGGUGAUCACAGACAUGGACCAGACGCGCGCUGCUAUAGUGGAGGCCUCUCGUCUUCCCAUGUCUAUCAUCAUAGUGGGUGUCGGAGGAGCGGACUUCAGUGCGAUGGAGUUCCUGGACAGUGACAACAGACUGCUGGUUUCGCCCACUGGUGAUGUCGCCUCCAGAGACAUCGUCCAGUUUGUGCCCUUCAGAGAAUUCAGUGGAAACACUGUGGCUCUCGCUCAGAGCGUCCUGGCCGAGCUUCCUGAUCAAGUCACAUCCUUCUUCAAUUCUUACAAGCUGAAACCUCCUAAUAUAUCCAGCAUGACUGAGCCUUCAUAAGAAGGCCUCCUACACGCAUCCUCUUCCUCUUUUAUUUUGUGUAUGGAGUGGUGCAAUUGAUGCCAAGAGGUGCCUGUUACAUAAGAAAAUACAGAUAAUCUCAAAUCAGCCACUGAAAUACAUGUGAUGUGAUUUAAAGGUCAAGUGUUUCUGUGACUGGACACACAGUGAGUGGCUCACUCAGUGGUCACAAUAUAACCUCAGUAUUCUCAGUGUACUAAAGUUGUAUCAUUGAAUGUGUUAUCUUGCUAACCUCCCAGUGUAUUUCUUUGUCUUAAACUUGAAAUGAUAUAACCAGUGAAAUCAGUAGACUCAGAUCUUUUAACAAUUUAACUUGUCACCCUUCUUCGUGCUGUUGACAUGUGUUGCAUUUAUUGUGUCUUUUCGUAGUUGUACAUUAUCUUUGUCUUGCUCUUAUGACCUCACAUUCGCAGUCGAUCGUUUGCAUGAUCCUUGUCUUGUUCUGUGGAUGUAUGUGAUGUUUGGAUUUUUUAAACCUAAAGGUUGAUAAAUUUGGAGAAGUUUUUCUGUGAGGCAAAUCUGAGGGCGCCUCUCUCCUCAACUGCUGCUGCUAAUAUGCUGAUGGAUACAAACAAGUGAAUGGUUAAACACAGAUAAAGGCAUAUGUGAAGCUUAUAUGCAUUUUCUUACACUCUGGUCAUAUUUGUUGAUUGCCCUGGCUCCUUCAGUGUGUGGUUUCAGGAUCAGAAAGACUGACUACAUUUAACUGAAAAUAUUCUAAAUUGUGUCAGGAAGUAGAGGUGAGGACAGAAAUGCUGGACAAUAGAUGAGGAGGCAGGGAAUCUGGGAAAAAAGUUUUUCUUUAAUGAAAACAAAGCGCUGCAGGCGCUGCAGACAGCAGGUCAUCCAAAACAAAAACAGUAAUUCUCCAGAUCAACUUACUGGAUGAUCUUGUAAGAGGUGCAGCAAAGCAGACAACUAUUUCCCAGGUCUGGGUUCGAGUCCAGCUCGGGCCUUUCUGGGUGGAGUUUGCAUGUUCUUGUGUCCGCAUGGGUUUUCUCCGGGUACUUCAAAGACAUGCUCGUUAGGCUAUUUGGUGACUCUAAAUUGAUCGUAGGUGUGCGUGUGUGAGUUGUUUGUCUCUGUGUUAUGUAAUGUAAUAUUAAAAACAAAACUUCUUUCACGUCAUAUCACACUUGUACACAUCUUCAAAUCUGCAGAAUUUUUAACAAGAAAUUACAUCUGUGUACUUUUAGAACAAA